AUGGGCUCCCUACAGUAUUGCUGCUGCCAGCUGCCAAAGAUGGGCGACACCUGGGUCCAACUACCCUGGCCCGGGCCUCCCCACCCAGCCUUGCUGUUGGUCUUCUUCCUCUUGGCAGCUGGGGUGAUACACUCUGAUGCCGGUACCAGCUGCCCAGUCCUUUGUACAUGUCAUAACCAAGUCGUGGACUGUAGUAGUCAGCGGCUGUUCUCCGUACCCCCGGACCUGCCGAUGGACACCCGCAACCUCAGCCUGGCCCACAACCGCAUUGCGGCCGUGCCGCCAGGCUAUCUCACAUGCUACAUGGAACUCCGAGUGCUGGAUUUGCGCAACAACUCCUUGGUGGAGCUUCCCCCAGGCCUUUUUCUCCAUGCCAAGCGCUUGGCGCACCUGGAUCUGAGCUACAACAACCUCAGCCAUGUGCCAGCUGACAUGUUCCGGGAAGCUCACGGACUGGUGCAUAUCGACCUGAGCCACAACCCCUGGCUGCGGAGGGUGCACCCCCAGGCCUUCCAGGGCCUCGUGCAUCUCAGAGACCUGGAUCUCAGCUAUGGUGGCCUGGCUUUCCUAAGCCUUGAAGCCCUGGAGGGCCUCCCGGGGCUGGUGACACUGCAGAUCGGGGGUAACCCGUGGGUGUGCGGUUGCACCAUGGAGCCCUUGCUGAAGUGGCUGCGGAAUCGGAUACAGCGCUGUACGGCGGAUUCUCAGCUGGCUGAGUGUCGGGGCCCCCCUGAAGUUGAGGGUGCCCCCCUCUUCUCACUCACUGAAGAGAGCUUCAAGGCCUGCCACCUGACCCUGACCCUGGAUGAUUACCUCUUCAUCGCCUUUGUGGGCUUCGUGGUCUCCAUCGCUUCCGUGGCCACCAACUUCCUCCUGGGCAUCACGGCCAACUGCUGUCACCGCUGGAGCAAGGCCAGCGAGGAAGAGGAGAUUUGACACCAGUGCCUCUCAUCCCUCCAUGCUGCCGCUGCCGCUGCUGACCGCUGCACACCUUGGAUCACGGUGCCCUGGCUGCUUCCAUCACAGCUCAAACAACGUUGGGAAACUAACCUUGUAUGAGCGUCUGUCCACCGUGAGCCCGGCACUGUGCUAGCACCUGGGAAUGAAAGACAAAUCCAACCCAGUCCCUGCCCUUGAGGUACUCACUUUUAAUAAAAGAAAGCAGUUCCAAAUCAUUCUUUUAUGACAAAAUGCCAGUGCUCUAAGCACAGUGUCAGGGAAGCCCAGAGGAGAGUCCAUCAUCUGUGCCUCAAAAAGCCCAAGAAGAAUUGCAAGAAUGAUCUGCUAAGUAGAUGAGAAAGGUUGGCACAGCAAAUGACAGAACACACAAUGCAGGAAGUGUUGAGAGCCGCUCACUAUUCCCUGUGGCCUAAGGGUAUAUAGGAGGUGUAGACAGAGGCAAAACUUUCCCUCUGACAGCCAGUUUUUCAGUCCCCACUGCCUGCCAUUGCCCUCCAGGAGUGCGAUGCCUCCUGUGCCAGCUCCAUGACCUCCUCCCCCUAGCAGCUUUGGGGUGAAAUGACCUCCAGUGACUUCCCUGAUGGUGAGAUCCCAGAAAACAGGCUGAGGGUAAUGACCCUCAGCACCCUUCCUUCCUUCUAUCCCUGUCUCUGCCUCUGACUUAAGGCUUGUCUUCAACGGAGGCAGCAAAAGUCUUGGCACCCUGGGAUCCCAAAUAUGUAACUGUUCUUUCCAUGGUGCUUAAAGCAAAGGAACUCACCAGGAAAGUGCAUGGCAGGGCUCAGAUCCUAGCAUGUUGAUACCCAGGGCAGGAGGACAAAGCACCACAUUCACAACCAUGAGACUGUAUGUCUUUUCUUCUAAGCAACUCACUCGUUUGAGCAUAAAGGAAGGAGCGCUAGUAAUUGCUGAUUCUUGCUAGUGUCCAGCAGUGUGCUAAGCUCCCUCAACAGUUUCCUUUCACACACACAACAGCUCUCUAGGGGAUUUAGUGUUCCCAUUUUGCAGAUGAGGUCACCAGGCUCAGAAUAAGGAUAAGGUAACACGCUAUGUCAUGAUCAAUAUACAACCAGUCUUCCCCACGACAAUUCUUUCUAAAGCUCCAUAAAUUCAGACUCAAAGCAUGCUAAUGAAGUUGCUGAUAUGGACCAGGUAAUCCUCUGGGCAUGCUUUUGUUUUCUGAUUCAUCUCUUCACAUUCUCACUGACAGAGAGUUUUUACUGUUCCCACUAUGUAGUUGAAUUUAUUGUAGAAAGCUGGGCAACUUAAUCAACUUAUCUGUGCAAACAAAGAAUAUGGUCAUUGUUGCCACUGAGGAAAUCUGUAUCUAAUUGUAGAAACCAAGGACUCUGUGAAAAUGUGAUCCCCACCAUCUUUGCUGUCAUCUUCAUCUUCCUCAUUCUGUGUCAUCAGCUUUCACCACGGUCUUUCCUGUCUCCUCGGACACUGGGAAGGCCAGGGAGUUUCCUUUGCAUUCUGCUCCUUGACUUCUCGCACUGCGGUGUGGGAAACUAAUCCAAACACUGGUUUACAGAUAGGAAAGUAGAAGCUUGGGAUUGAGUCUAACUCCAUCCUAACACUGGACUCGGUUCUGCCGUGGGUCUCUUUCUAGUGUUUCCUUGGGCAUUUGGGGGGAAAGAAUGUCCUGGAAGCCUGCACAACAGAAGUAACAGAACCCUAAAAUUCAACAGUCAUUAGCACAAUAAUCACAAAAACCAAUAAAAGGCAGUAAAGCCCAGCUGUGUCCAGAUUGUGCUCACAGUCAGGCUGUGCCAUCCUCUAAACCAGAGGCAGCACAAGGGACAGCUAAAGAGAAGACACCACCUUAACCAUGGAUGAGUCCAUCGCUAGAACUGCUGACUUUUCUCUAACAGAUCUAUGGAAAGCAGGAGCUGUAGCUCCUACUGUGGGUUGUCUUACAAGAGAAACUAGGGGGUCUGAGAAAAUGAUAGGUGAGAUCCUCAGUAGAAAAUGGGGAGACUUAAGGCCCGGUCUUGUCGGCAAGGCUGACUUGAGAAUAAAAACAAGAGCUUUCUAUCCUG